UUAACACCAAAUUGCGAAUACACAAUUUUCGGCUGUUAUCUGCCACUGUCCUGUUUUGUUCCAAAACAGUACAACUUCCCUAGAGCAUGGCACAGAAGAGAACACCACCUGCUGAUUGAUUACUAUAUAUAAGAAGCAAGUGUUACGAUUUCCAUUUCAUUAUUAAAGAACGUAUUUCCGAGGAACAUAGACUAAUUAUGGAAUUUUACGCUUUGCUCGUUCUAGUGAUUUUAGGAUUAACCACUGUAGACUGCUAUUUACCACCUUCCAUCAUCGUCUGCCACCGAUCGGAUCCGGACUUGGAUCAGUGCAUAACGGAUGUCGCGGAUAAGCUACGACCAAACAUCAUGUCCGGCGAUUACGGAAAUGGAACCAUACUACCGGCUGUGGAUCCGGCGUACGUACGCCGGUUGGAUAUCGAUGGUGGGUCCAGUCUGAAGGCCACUUUUGAAAACUGCACCAUCCGAGGAGCGAGGACAUUUCACAUCGAUAAGCUACAUUUCAAUGUUCCGAAGAAGUCGAUAAAAAUUCUAGUCACCUUGGCCGAAAUGAAUCUGACAGGAAAAUAUAGUUUGAACAUGAGCAUCUCCUUGCUACAACUCGACGGACAGGGAGAUUUUACUGUCAACACAAGUGACGUCAAAUUAUUGUUAAAAAUUCGCUACACCCUGCACGAAGCGGAUAACGGAAGGAUGAGAUUGCAGUUUCUGCCGAUCGACUUCAAGGUCAAAUUUGCCGGUGGUGUGAGAUUUUAUCUCGCGAAUCUGCUCAACGGACGGCCGGAGCUGGUGCAGGCAGCCAACGAUGCACUGAACCAGAAUCCGGACCUGCUGCUGGAGAAAGCUAUUCCCGCCAUUCGGGACUUCUUUUCCGAAAUGUUUACCACCAUAGCCAACGGGUUGGUACGGGAUGCCUAUCUGGAUGAGGUACUGCCUCUGUGAUAUUUUUUCUACGACGUGUGUGAUUCACUGUUAGACUAUAGCUGAUAAUGAAAUUAGGAUGUUAAGUAACCAGAACGACGACGAAGCGAGUGAGCGCCAGCUUUUGGUCCAAAAAUCAAUUCGUGAUCUGCCAUCGGCGCUCCAAAGUUCAGUCAUCUUUAGUCCCCAUGUUGUUUGUGUUUGAUUAGAUCGGUGAUUAAAUUCGUAAAGCAAUUAGAAAAGCAAACGAAAAUAUUUCGCGGAAGAUGAUUCGCAUUUUGUUUUGAAUGUGUCAUCCGUUUGAAGAACUUGGUAAAUAAACGUGUUUUUCUCAAUCGUUGAGAAUACUUAUGCGAAACGAAAACGUGCUGGUUUUAAAAAAGGAAUUUAAUAAAAAAUAUCUCAUCACGAAGUACGCAUUUUCAGCGCUAGAUGGUACUGUAGGUAUCAGUUUAUUAUUGCAAGUGAAAACACAAAAGUAGGGAUAGGUAAUGCCGUGGUAUUGACGUAGGACAAUUAUUUUGUGAACAAGUUUUCUGCAUAACGUUAAAAAAUCCUGACCAGUGCGGUAAAAUAUCAAUUUCAAACGAAAAUAUUCGUUUCAAUUGAAACUGCGAGCCUUUCACUGUAAGCAUACCACCACUAUAUCAGUUGAGUUCUGCUGCCGUCUUCGUUUGAGUCGCUCAGAGUUCACUGUCAAUUGAAUAACAGGUUCUGGUCAUUUGACGUUUUUGCCUGUUUAGUUUCUAUUGAAAACCUACCUCACAUUAGCAUGGUCUCAGUUAAUGGAAGUGAACCAUUCCAAUGAACCACUCACAAAUGAAUAUGAAUGAACACUCACUGAGAUGAAAAUAACUCCGACCAAGAUAAUAAAUACAUAUAGGGUAAAGGCUAUGAUAAGACGAGACAACUCAAGACGGAUACAGGUAGGAACAUUUUUUCUCUGUAUGAGUGAGGUUGUCAUUUUUUCGAGUAUUGUUUUGAUUUGGUAAUAAUUAUUUUUUAUCAGUAGUUUCGAGAUAAAAAUGUAAAACCCGGCCUUUUCUCUCUUUUCACCGUGCGCCAAAGAACCGGGAUGCUCGUCCGGAUGAUUAUGUUUACUACCAGCGGCCCGGUGGGCAUGCUUAAUUUUACAAGUUUAAACAAAUUCACUCAAAAAUGACAAAUGUACCGACCCUUUCUUUCUCCUAAUCUUGGAGCAGUUGUCUCUGUAUUUUUAGUUUCUCACCUUUCUUUUAUCCUGCUGAAUGAUUGUUGACAGAUGACUGUAUGCAGCUAGCGAGGUUGGCAGUGCAGCCAAUUUCUUUGUCAUAUUUAGAUAUAUUGCUUAUUAUAGCACAUAAUAAUGACCGUUUUAUUAACUCUUAAUUUUCCAAAAUGGAACUAAUCAAUCCAACAUUUUUAUCACAUACUACAUGUUUCUAGCAAAUUUGGCCAGCAUAACAGCCUAUUUAUCAGAAUCAAAUUUGCCACUAAAAUUUAUAUAGAGAUGGCCGUACUAUCAAAAUACAGAAAUAUACAGAAAUCGUAUUACUAGUUGCCUUGUCUUGUCUUAAGAGUAAAAGGUCGAACUCGUUAAAGGUCCAAGAUGAUAGAUAACGGAAAUCGAUGGUUAAAGUCAUUUUAAACGAAGGCGCAGUUGGUUGAGUGGUAAGCGUGACAGCCACCCAUCCCAGUUGGUCUGGGUUCAAUCCCAGCCGAGGUCGUAG